AUGGCGUCUUCCUCUUCGGCCGCCACUACCGCCACCGAAACCUCGCCGCAGCAGCAGCAACAGCAAAGGCACCACCAACAACAAGAAGAGGAAGAAGAGCAGCAACAGCAGGUCGCGCACGACGCCGAGCUCAUCUUCCAAUACCACCAGCUCCACCACGCGCCGCAGCCCUCCGACGUCAUCUUCUGCCUCUGCAGCCUGGACCUGCGCGUCGCCGCGCGCGCCGCCCAGCUGUGGCUCGACGGGCUCGCGCCGUGGCUCGUCUUCUCGGGCGCCUCGGGCAAGCUCACGCGCGGGCUCUUCGGCGGGCUGCCCGAGGCCGAGGCCUUUGCCGCCGUGGCCCGCCGCAUGGGCGUCCCCGGCGCGCGCAUCGUCGUCGAGCCGCGCGCGACCAACACGGGCGAGAACGUCCGCUUCACCCACGCCCUGCUGCGCGAGCGGGGCGUCCCCGCGCGCUCCCUCAUCCUCGUCCAGAAGCCGUACAUGGAGCGUCGCACGUGGGCUACGUUUCGCAGGCAGUGGCCCGGCGCUGAUGGCGAUGGCGAUGGCAAUGGCGGUGAUGGCGAGGAGGACGGGGCGGUGCGCAUGUGCGUCACGUCGCCGCGCUUCGACGCCUUCGAAGACUACCCCGACGCGGAAAACCCCCGUCGUCUGGUCCUCAACGUCAUGGUCGGGGACCUCGUCCGCAUACGCGACUACCCCGCGCGCGGGUUCCAGGUCGAGCAGGAGAUCCCGCCCGACGUCUGGGCGGCCAUGGAGCGGCUGGUGGCGGCUGGCUACAACGAGCACUUGCCGGAAGGGUUCACGUUGGAAAAGUAGACGGACAGAGUUGAGUCCAACAGAGUCGAGGUAUAUGGCGGCAGUGUCCACGUCGAGAGCUGGACGCAGCAGGCACAAGAUGUAAGUAAGUGGGUGGCAUAGCUUCUGGUGUCGGCAUGGCACUUUGUUGAGUUCAGGCCUUCAUUUUCACUUGGGUUCCUUCGCUCUAGCAGUCGCCGCCUCUACAGUCGUCUUGAGGAACCCCUGAAAGCUCUCGAACGCGACGGCGUCGAAGCCCUCCAUCCACCGACACUGCACGUCGAGGUGGUCGAGGGCUACUCGCAUCCGCACCCUGAACCCGAACGCACAGACCGGUUCGGCCAUGUUCUGUUUUGCCUCUCCUUCUGCGUCUGCUUUCGCCGUUCCCUUCUCCUUGGCCUCUGCCUCCGCGCGCUUCUUCUUGCGCCGCCACGCCCGCGCCCAGACGCGAUCCGCGGCCCGUCCGGUCCCCUCCAUGGCCUCGCUGUCCCACUCCCAGGACAUGAGCUCCAAAGCGACCAUGGCAUCGCGCACAUGCUGCACGAAUGCGCCAAUGUCACUGGGCAGCGGCUGCACGGGCAGGUGGUAUUCCGUCUGCGGCGGCAAGAUGCUGCCGCUGCUGCCCAGCUUCGCGGUCGCGGCCUUGGUCCCGCGCGCGACGGCCUGCGCCGGCCUCAUGGGCGCGAAGCUCCAGGCCACGGCCCACCUCCGCGUCUUGUUCCCCUGGACGAACUCGGUGACGGCAAAGUUGUCGACGCCACUGUCGCGCAGCCGGGCCACCACAUCGGCGACGCUC